AUGACUCUUAAAUAUUCCCAUUUAGGAAGUUAUUUUCUGCUUGAGUAUCAUCAAGCACAAGACCAGCUGGAGCUUCUGCAGAACGCCCAACGGCAGUCAAGUGGGUGGCAGCCUCCUCAUUCUGACCAUUACAAGUUGAAUUUUGAUGCGGCUAUAUAUACAGAUUUGGGAUGUUCAGGGGUGGGUGCUAUUAUUCGGAAUGAGAGGGGAGAGGUUAUGGCAGCUCUGUCUGCUAAGGGACCGUUUGUUCAGGACAGUGAGGAGGCGGAGACUUUAGCUUGUCGAAAAGCACUUGAAUUUGCUAUUGAUGUGGGAAUUUCAGACUUGAUAAUUGAGGGUGACAAUGUAUCAGUAAUGAGAGCUGUGGCAUCAAACUGUAUGGAUGGAUCCAGAUUAGGCAACAUCCUUGAAGACAUUCAUUGGCUUGUAAGGAGUCUGCGAUGGAGUUCCGUUAGCUGUGUGAAGCGAAGUGCCAAUACCGUCGCCCACUCUUUAUCCCGUUUUGCUAGAAAUGUACCAGAUGAGCUGGUUUGGAUUGAGGAUAGUCCACAACCUGCUAGAGAAGCUUUGUAUAAUGACUCAUUGAUUUUCAGUUAG